AUGACACGAAUGAUAGGAAUGAGAAUUUAUUGGUGUUCUUUACAUAUUUUGUUUCUUUCAAUCGUUUCAUGCCAAAUUACUCCAGAUAUAACUGAACCACGAAUAACAUCGAUUGUUCCAAUUAAUUCCACAGCAUUAACUGUUAACUGGCAGUUCGCUGAUACGUCAAUUGAUCGAUCAGAUUUAAUAAGAAUUUCAAUUGAUUUUCACGAGUAUUAUUAUACUUACAAUCGAACAUAUUCAGGAACGAAUUACACUAAACGCUUAUUAUUAUGUUUGUUUCUCAUCCAAUUCAACCCUCGAACAUGUUCACGUUCGAAUACAACAUGUUCAGGACCAUCAUCAGUUCUUAUAUCAUCGAUCAACAUGUCUCCUACUGCAUUUUUAAUCUCAUUUCUUUGGCCGAAUGAUUUACCAUAUAAGCCAAUUUCUUUUACGACCCACUUGAUCAAUAAUAAUCAAUCAGGCACACCACUGAGUGUCAUACAAAAUUCGACGUAUACAAAUCGAUCCUAUCUAUUUAGUGGCCUCACGUCGAGUACAGUUUAUACUGUGAACACAAGCUUUAGCUAUAGUACACUUUACAAUGUUACAAAAACGAAUACGAGUACUUUGAUAGUAACAACAUCUUCCUCAGCAAGAAUGUUUUAUACCGGUGUUGUACAUUUCUUCUCGGUGAUAAUGUUCGUCUUAUUCUUCUAG